UUAGCCUUCGUCUGAUACGCGCAAGCCUGUCACUGUCAUAGCUGGUCAUAGCGUCUCCCUACAGCUCAUACAAGUCAUACAGUUAUGGUUCUAAAAGAAGGAUAGUAAGUGAUUAUUUAGCAGUGUCGGUUGAUACUUUUACCGAGUUAUUCUAAAAUUUGGUACCAGCUGUUUCGAGUGUUUAUUCGACAUGAAAUCGUGGUUAACGUUCGAUUUUUAUUGAAAUAUUAAGUGCAUAUGACAAUACAGUUUAAAGUAUCGGUGCUUAAUUGGUGAUUUAUUGCUACGAAUCAUAACCUAAAACUUGUUCAAUAUAUGUGAUGAAUGUACGAACGACUAGGAAGUGGAGUAUCGUAACAGAAAGAUUACAGUUAUUUGUUCGUUACUUUUAAUACAAGAAGAGAGCAUUCAAGUGGUGCAAAACAUGCAUGUGUUGACGUUAUGAAAGAAAAAGUAUUUGACAAGGUUGUAUAUAUUUUGUCUCCAUGACUAAAGGAAAAUUAAGGGGCUCAGACUCCAAUAAUAAGUUAACAGCUUCUAAUGCAACUUUUAAAAAUGGAGAAACAUACACGUCAGAGUUUGAAAUUAAUGAAAUACCACCUAGUGCCCGCACAUUGCUUACAAAGGGUUACAUACAAGAUGAAAUCAAUUCUUACUCAGGUGCCACUGUAUCAACACGUGGGCGUUUCAUGACAGAUCAAGAAAAGUUACAGUAUCCUAAUGAACGUUCUCUGUACCUAUACAUACAAGGCCAUUCAAAACACAAUAUAGAUUUGGCUAUACAAAAGAUUAAUGAGAUUAUUAAAACAGAACAUCAGAGUUCUUUAAAUAGGCCAAGUAGAUUUACUAAUGCACCACCACCACUUAUGAGUUUACAUUCUGGAGUUACAUCUGUGGAAAAGAUAUGUGUUGGAAUAGAAAAUGCUCCAGAGGGGUUUGAUUUACGAGGUAGAAUUAUAGGUGCAGGAGGAGCAAAUUUAUUGUAUAUUAGGGGAGAAACUGGUGCAAAUGUAACUUUAAGGGGUAGAGGAUCACAAUUCAUUCAUCCAGCUUCAGGAACUGAAUCUCCAGAGCCACUACAUUUGUAUAUAGAGCAUCCAAAACCGGAAGCAUUACAAAAUGCAAAACAGUUAGCAAUUAAUUUAAUUCAAACAAUGCAGUCUGAAUUACAAUUAUACAUACAGCAACAACCACCCCCAGUACAAUCACAGCAAGUUAUAGAACAAUCGCAAAUACAACAAACACAAUUUCAAACCAUGAACAUUGGUACUUUGGGACAACCUAAUGUUGUUACUAUACAACAUCAAGAUAUCAUACAACAUCCGCAAAGUAGUGUAGUGACAUUGCCAGCAACAAUUCUCACUGCUACGGUAGCUGGUGCACCAGGAUCUGGCAUAACAGUUCCUCCACCUGGAGUACACAUUCCUCCUCAUUCUGGGCCAUUAGUACCGCCGCCGCAAGCUCAGGAAAUACAAACAUUCAUGCAACCUCCACCAGUGGGACAAGUGCAAUUAAUUGGUCCUCCAUCGACAGUAAGUCAAGUACAGUAUCAAAUUCAUCCUGGACAGCCACUACAAAUUCAAGGACUCCAACCUGGAUCACAGUCAUCGCCACAGCCUGUAGCGCAAAUGUAUGUUAUGAGUCAGCCACCUCCACAGAGUCCAGCUCAACAAAAUUUUAUUACGAGCAGCAGUGCACCAGUUAGCGGCGCAGUUUCUUAUGUCUACACGCAACCAAAUAUACAAAGGCCUUCCACACCACCGCAAGGAAUAAUCGAAACUGUCAAUGUGAAUUUACAACAACCGCCUCCGACAGCUCCAAUUAAUAUAACUCAACAACCUCCUCCACCAUUAUUGCAUCUUCAUUUUCCGCCGCCAAACUUCCCUCCAAAUCAACCACCACCUCCUGUACCACAGACUUAUCAAAUACAGUAUCAGCAAGUGCAAGCGCCAGUGUCACAAUCGCAAACACAGUUUGUGUUACAACCUGGAGACCAUAUUGUCCCACCACAAUUACAGCAAAAUCAUGAACAAUCUCAAGCUGUCGCUCAGCAUAUGUUACCUCCACAGUUUGAAGGUCAUACUCCUCAAUUCCACCUACAAGUACCUCCUCCAUCUACACAAACUUUCUUAGUCCCUAAUGCUCAAUCGCCCCAACAUCAUCUUCCUCCUGGAGCUGAAAUUCAGCAACAACAAGAAGGGCCAAUGGAUCAAGGAUCGCAGCCUCAGCCAGUUCCACCGCCGCAAAUUGUGCCACCACCAUCGGCUGGUCAAAUGCCAAAUUCUAUGAAUGUUCUUACAAGUAUUCCACCACCGACGCAAGCACCACCUCCACAAAAUGCUCCAUGGUUAUAUCAAACACAACAACCUCAACAAAUGAUGCAAUCUCAAGGUCAACUGCAGGUUCAGAUGCCACCAGGGAAUAUUCCUCUGCACAAUGUACCACCACCACAAGUUCAAGCGCAGAUACAGUAUCAUGCUCAACAUAUGCAAUAUCAAAAUGGUCAUAUGCCGCCGCAAGUGCAUUAUACAGUUCAACCACCGCAUCAGCAAUUUGAUCAAAAGCCCGAUUCUCCCGAACAGAAAUCGCAUGGUGUAAAGAGAAGGUUUUCCGAUGUUGAAGCAAACUCGGAAGCACCCCCAUAUCAGUGUGGACCACUACCCGCUCAGCGUCAUGGAACCGGAGAAGGUGAUCGACAGCAGCAGGUCUUACAUGGUCCAUCACCAACAGCUGCAGGCCUACCUCAUGGAGAUCGAAACAAGCUGCUAAUGCCACCUCCACAUACAGGUGAAAAACGAAGCUUGGACCAAAAAUCGGCUGGCAUAAGUUCAGUAAAUGAGCCGAAUCCAAUAGGAGAUUCGAUAAACAUUCAUCCUGGAGGUGGUCCGUCUUUACCUCCUCCGCUUCCACCGCAAGCACCAUGGCAGACUCAUCAUGUCAGAGCGCCAUGGGGUAGGCCACCGCCAAUGCCAAGAGACGCAGAUCACCAAGGAGUGUGUCCUGUGCUACCUCCGACAAAUAUGCCACCACCUCAAAUUAGACCCAGAGGACACGUUGAAGGCAAUCGUUCGCCCGUUCAAAAUGCAAUAUUGGAGCAUCCGUUGAAUGUCGAGUAUAAUCAAAUGCCACCGUAUACGACAAAACCUCCCCCUUACAAUUCACACCCAUUGAUGCAAUCCAUUUGCAAUCCACCGCCACCACCACCGCCACAUCAUCAACAGCGACCGCAGCAUCCUCAAACAAUGCAGCAUUAUCAGGUGCCAAUUUCUCAAACAUACCAGCCACCGACUUCCUGUCCACCGUGGAUGAAUUAAACAUACGCGAUGUUCGUAUCAAGUUCUUACGCUAGUACCUUAAAGAUGACUGAUGCAGUCCGUUCGAUUACACACUGUUUAAUUAAACUCUCUACGCCACGAGCGUUAUUCGUCCCGAAAGACGCGAUAAACGUUGUAUCGGAUGUCAUUGCAUCGCGUUAUCUUCAUUGAAUUGUUCCUUGCGAUAGUUAAUUAUAAUUUAAUUAUUCAUUGCGAACGUGUGGCUGGGAAAUGCUGUUCUGUAAAAAUGUGUAUAUGUUAAAAAUUAUUUAUAGUUAAGGUCUGUAAGGCUUUAGGUUAGCGUACGAUAGCAAUGAAUAUAUAUAUAUAUAAAUAUCGUCUUACGAACAAAUACGAAUAACUCCGAUAUCGUCGAUCUAAUUGUGUAUGUAAUAUCGAAUCGUGCGAAUCAUUAUUUGCAACGAAAGACUACUAACUAUGCGGUGCGAUGCGGGUGCAUGUAGUUAGAAUGAAGUUAUUCUAAUUAGUUCCAAGAAAUGCUUUUUAGUAUUCACGCACACAGACACACGCGAGGAUUUAGGUGAUAUAAUUUUUUGUAUCGACAGAACAUAAUUAGUCGUACUUAGCCCGUAUCGUUUUGCCGUCGGCAUAAUUCACGGUACGAUUUAUUGUAAUGUUGGGCAAAAUGUUAUCUAUUAUUGUCAUUAUCGAGUAAUGAAACGCGAUUAACUGUGAAUAAUUACAAAUUAUUGAUUCAUGAUUGCAGAUUAUAAAUGCAGUUCGUAAUUAACGAUUAAUCACUUCCAGCUUUGGUCCAUUCAUAGACAAUUUACAUACGGUGUACGCGAAUGAAUCGUUGCCGACGGUUAUACGAAGCGUUAUCGAAAUUUCGGAGUUUCUUUUGCGCGAGAAUUUACUAUAAUUCUAUGUGAAUUACUCAGCGAGAGACGCAUAAUUAAUUAAUCACUGUUUUAGUUCAGUAUCUGUGAUUUCACGGUUGAGUAAAUAGGUGUAAUAAUUACAUCACGUCUUCAUGUGCGUCUUCAUCAAGUAAUUCGCGAUGCAGUAUAUUUCAGCGUCAAGUUUUGUUCUACUGAAUUUUGACUGAUAUACGAAAUCUUUUAACUUGGGUUAAGUUAUCAUUUUUUAUGAUUUAAUUAUAGAAAUAUAUUUUCCGAUGGAACACCAUCUUUGAAUAAAUUAAUUUAAUCGUAAGAAAUUGUGUUUCGGUAUUAUUCUUCAUCUCUUUACUUCACGCACAUUUAAAAUUUAUUUCUAGUAACGCCAAUGAUUUUUUUUUUGUCCUUUUCUUCUUUUAUGCGAUCGGAAAAUGAAAUUAUGGAUCGAAGAAUGUGAUAGUACGUAUCAAAGUGUUGGUUGGUCAAUUUUCCCUUAGAAUAUAAGAUAUUACAGGGUAGAGUCUAAGAAGCGAUGGGACUGAGGUACUUAAACUUAAAAAAUAUUCUUAGUUUCAUAUGUUCUAACACCUUGCUAAAUUAUUCGAAGGACACAUCUAUUUUCACAUUUCUGAAACGUUCAAAGGACCAUUUGUUCUUCAUACUAAAUUAUGAGAAUAGGUGGAGUCUAUAUUAUUACUAAAAUAUUUUCGGGAACUUUUCAUUCUAGAAGCGCUGCAGCGUUAUUUGAUUCUAAAUCAAUAACGUUGGAUGUGUCACGUAAUGGUCAGGCAUUACAUAAAUCGAAUUAAAUGAUAUCAUUCCAUUAAGCGUUCAGUCUAUUUUAUACCUUGUCCGCGUUUACAUGCCAAUCAAAUUAAAACCUGUUACAGUAGAAUUAUUCGAAACAUGAUAUAUAUUAAAUUAACAAAUAAUCUAAUACAAAUCUUACUUAAAAGGGUCGUUAUUGUAUCUGUGAUCAAUGUUCUAUUAAGUAUUAAAGUCUAAGAAACAUCA